AUCAUCAUCAUCAUCCAAACUUGUCACAAACAUUUGGCGCUAGCUUUUUCUCUAGUAUCAGUUACAGCCUCUUCUUCUCCUCCAACUCAUAAUAUCCUCUACCCAAAAUUGUAGCAGCAAUGGGAGCUGGAAGAACCCUCUUCUGCUCUCAGAGUUCGAGUUUUGUAGUUUGUAAUUACACUCAAAAAAUUCAUGCCCAAAAUAAUCGAGCUUUGGCAUUGAAAUCAGUACUUGUACACAAAUUGACCAAUUUUACUAAUCAAGAUUCAAUUUUGAGAAAACCCCAGAAUCUUCCUGUUCUUCGACUUAAGGUUGUUACUAGAGCUGCUGAUUCCUCACAGCCAUCUUCCUCUGCUAUUACUUCCUCCGACAAAUCUAUUGUCCCCGAUGAAGAGUUUUCACUUGCCAAGGUUUCUUUUGGUGUUAUUGGACUCUGCCUUGGUGUUUCACUUCUCUCGUAUGGAUUUGGAGCAUAUUUUAACAUCCUUCCUGGUUCUGAGUGGUCGGCAUUGAUGUUGGCAUAUGGUUUCCCACUUACUAUAAUCGGCAUGGCUCUUAAGUAUGCAGAGCUCAAACCUGUGCCAUGCAUAACGUACUCAGAUGCUCAACUACUACGGGAAAAAUGUGCUACUCCAAUCCUGAAGCAGGUCAGGAGCGAUGUGAUAAGAUACCUUUAUGGGGAUGAGCAGCAUUUGGAUGAGGCAUUGAAGCGUAAUUUCCAAUUUGGACUGAUCUCUUGUUUGCAGACGAGAAGAGUACAAGAUCAUCAGCAUAACAAAGGUGAUUAAUCUGAGGUCCAUUUUUAUGCCUAGAAAACCCAACAAAGACUUCCCUGAGGUGAAGCUGGUUAAGAGCUUUGGUCAAGCAUUCAGCAGUAAUAAUGAAUAGUGAAUGAGAGAAGGGGUCCCCUUGUUUCAACCCUCUAGAAGAAUUAAAGAUUCCCUGUCUAGAGCCAUUAAUGAUAAUAGAGUACCAAUAGAGUACCUAAUCAAAAAAAAAGUACCAAUUAUUAGAAAUUAGUCUAUAUAUUAAUUCAAUGACCAGUUCAGAAAAUCCUACUUUUCUGAGUACAGAGGUGAGAAAUGUCCAGGACAACUUAUCAUAUGCCUUAGACAUAUCCAGCUUCAUUACUAUAUUUUUUUCA